CUGAUGGUUAUCUAUUGGCAUCAUCAUAGCGGUGAGUCAGACACACCUCCGAUAAGAUUAGGCGAGCAAUAAAAGCUUGGGUAUUCUUCCAACUGCACGUCUCAUCGAUAGCAGCCAUGGACCAGCAUCUGCGACGGGAUCAAGAAGAACUGAUCGUUAGUGUGGCGAAACGAAAGGGUAUCGUGGAACCGAAGAUCCAAACGGAACCGGGUUCCAUCAAAGGUGACAACUACUUGAGCGCUAUCGUCAGCGUAACAGUACGGGACGAACAAGGCGACAAGAAGCUGAACAUUAUCGCGAAAAAAGUCCUCAAAGGCGAGGAGACGGAUCAGCCCAGGAAAAAGCUAAAUCAGCUGUUUUCCACCGAAGCUCUGGUGUACCAAGAGCUACUGCCGGCUUAUCGCGAGCUCCAGGAAGUGAAUAACGUGAAGGAUCCGUUCCGAGGUUCGGCAGAAUUCUACGGCGCCAUCUUGGACGAGGAGAAGGAAACGAUCCUAAUGCAAAACCUGAAAGAGGACGGGUUCAAGCUGUGGCAGAGGCAGGUGCCCAUGGACGGGAUCCGCGUGGAAAUAGUGAUUCGGGAAUACGCGAAACUCCACGCGGCGUCGAUGGCCUUUAAGAAUGUUUAUCCUGAAAAAUUCGAGGAAUACGCGGAAAGAUGUAAACUAUCGGAAAACAAUGACGAUGACAAGAACUCCAACGGGUUUGUAAAUGUAGCUGAGCAAGUUGCCACGAUGUUCGAAAAUCGGCAGGAACUUAAAAAGAGUUUGGAUAUAUUUGGACAGAGUAUGAAAUCAUUUUUGGACGACAUACGAAAAGAACAACAGGUUUUCCUCCACGGAGACUGCUGGUGCAAUAACAUUUUGUACAAAUACGAGGAUCCCAGCAGCCCGAAUCCCACUAGAGUAUGUUUCAUAGAUUGGCAACUAGCUCGUGCCGGAUCUCCAAUACUUGAUAUUGCAUACUUCUUCAUCUUUAAUUCCACUAAAGAGGUUUUGAGUGACCACAAUAGGUACCUUCGUAUCUAUCACGACGUCCUGUCCCAGAACUUAAGGGAAUUAGGUCUCGACCCUGAAAAAUCAUUUAGUUUCGAGACGCUCAUGGACCACUGGAAGAAGUACGCUAAAUUCGGAGUUUUGAUGUGCAUUCUUCUUUUGAAAAUGAUAGUCUCCGACAGUCAAGACAUUCCCGACAAUUUCAAUGAUAUGGUUAAAUUAGAAUUAUCUGACACCGCCGAAACGAGGUACAAAGAGAGGAUAACCAACGUGAUAGAGUUUAUGGCUCACAAUGAGCUUGCCUAAAGUAUAUUGUCAAUAAAGUUUGUCACCUUUCUAUUUGGCAACCCACUGAUAAAAAUGAGAUAAUUUCCGUUUAACUAGCCGCGAAUUUCGAACAGAAUAACGUACAACAAUUCGCAAUCAAAUCAAACACUGCUUAUCAACUAUUGUUGGCAUUUGCGAUCAGAUUUAUCAAAAAUACUUUGAAGGAAACAUCGAUGUAGAAGCCAAAAACAACCAAGAGUAGAUCAGAAAAUUUUUUGGUCUUAAAAAUUUCGUUCUUUUAAAAAAGCAUUUGUUUGAUUAUGACCAAACAUUUAUUUCAAAUUCUGGAAAGACGUAUUUGAAUUAUUUAUACUGUUUGCAUUAAGUAAACAUAUUUUUAUAUAAACUAGGCAAUAAAUGUUAAUUUGAUUUAGAAAUAUGCGUUUAAUAUUA